CUUAGUCACUUCCGCUGCGGGCUGCGCUAGUCGAAGGGCUCUCUCGCUUGGCUGCUCUGGGCGGGGGUUCUUUCUUUGGGAUGCUCACGUGAAACAGAGUUCGGCUGGGAGGCGACAAAGCACAGAAAGGGAAAAAAAAUUGUCCCGAGUCUAAUCACGUUGAAUCCGGCAUGCGUCCCCCAGCCUCCAGGACGUGACAGUUCCAGCCCAUUCUGGUGAGCACUGGCGGAGAGGUGGCCGGAGAGGGGCUCUCCUGACUGUUCUCAUGCCAAACAACUUCACUUUGUGUGAAGCGUAUAUUUUUGCCACAAGAUGGUAAGCUUCCUAGAGAAUGAUGAAAAGCAUCUGUAGGGUGCCUGCCCCGUGAGAGACUGUGGGUAGAGACCGGUUUCUGAUCACUGUGGAGUGGAACAGCAACCGUGGGCGAUCCGAAUUUAGGGCACAACUACCUGUUCUCCAUCACGUCUGGCUCUGUGGCAGGACUGCUCUGGCACUGUGUGGCCAUGGUUGUGUGUGUCUGGGUAUGUUGAGUUGUGUGGAGAAUGGGGACCAUGAUGGCAUGGCUCUCCCACGCCAGCCAGCAUGGGGAAUGCAGACACUCUGGAUGCUCGUGUCCUCUCUUCUCCAGGUCUUCUUUCUAGGGACCCAGUCUGCCUUCCUGAAGAAAAGACAGAGCCAUCAAGGAUGCUGACUGACCACCCCAGAACCUAUUACCAGGACUGGGUGACCUUUGAGGAUGUGACCGUGGACUUCACCCAGGAGGAGUGGGCCUUACUGGAUCGGGGUCACAGAGACCUUUACAGAGAGGUGAUGUUGGAGAACUACGAGAACCUGGCCUCCGUGGUGUUGUGCUUCUGUUCAUCUUCAGAAUGUGCAGUGAGACUUAGCACCAGUGAGUAUAUACAUCAGCCAGAAUUUCUGAUGGAACAGAGCUCCGGUGGGCAACACAUGGAAAGAAGGAAAAGCGUUGGUGAACUUCAACAGUCGUGUUUUAAGACACACACAGGGACUCAGAAGCCGGGGAACAGAUCCAAGUGUGAUCAAUACAGAAAAGACUUCCUCACCCUAAACAUGGAAACCUCUACUGGGGAGAAAUUUUUGGAGCUGAAUGAACAUGAAAAAGCCUUCAGCCCAUCUGCAAAUGCUGUGUAUGAAAGAACGCGUGUGCCAGAAAAACCCUCUGAUCACAGCGACCAUGAGUAUACCAGUGUGAACCAGUCCUACAUUCAGGCCCCUAUGGGAACUCCCAGUGGGGAGAGUCUGUAUGAAUGGAGGGAAUACGAGGACAGUUUUUGUCUGUCCACAGACUGUGGUAUGCAUCCAGGAGGUAUCAAAGUAAAAAAUCCUCACAAAUGUAAGGAGUGUGGAAAAAGUUUUAGAUACCCCGCUUACCUUCGUAAGCACUCUCGAACCCACACUGGAGAGAAACCCUAUAAAUGUACAGAAUGUGGGAAAGUGUUCUCUCAGUGCUGGGGUCUUUCUCAGCAUCUACAAAUUCAUCGUGGAGAGAAACCCUUUGAAUGUAAGGAAUGCGGGAAGACCUUCGCCCUUUCUUCAUACCUAACCAAACACGAGAGAAUUCACAUCAAAGAGAAACCCUACAAAUGCAAAGAGUGUAAAAAAUCCUUUGGAAAUCCCUUCUACCUUAAGAAGCACAUGCGAGUUCACAUUGGCUUCAGACCCUAUAAAUGUCACGUAUGUGCAAAAGCCUUCACGCAGUCUUCAGGCCUCACCAAACAUCUGCAGUCCCACAAUGGAAAGAAGCUGUAUGCCUGUCAGGACUGUGAGAAAACUUUUUCUACGUUCACCUGCCUCGUUGCUCACAGAAGAACUCACACUGGAGAGAAGCCUUUCGUCUGUGAAGAGUGUGGGAGAGCCUUUGCUAGGUACUUCCGUCUUAUUACACACAUCAGAACUCACACCGGAGAGAAACCCUAUAAAUGUAAGGAGUGUGGGAAAGCCUAUGCCACAUCUUCUGACUUCAGCAGACAUGCAAGAAUUCAUACUGGGGCAAAUCCCUAUAAAUGUAAGGAUUGUGCCAAAAGCUUUACUCAUUGCUCAAGCCUCUCGGCGCAUCGAAGGACACACACUGGCGAGAAGCCUUAUAAAUGUAAGAUAUGCGGGAAGGCAUUCACGUAUUCCUCAAGUCGCAAUAAUCACAUACGAACUCAUAAAACCUCAUAGCCACUUAAGUCUGCUUGCAGUUAUCUCUUACUAGUCACGUGUUACUCAGUCCUGGUGGAAAACAUGAAAACACAUGAUGUGACAAAGUCUUUACUUCCAUCUCUUCAAAGUACAUGAAAGCCGUCACACUGAAGAGAGAAGGUAGCGAGUGUGAUAAAACUGACUCCUGGGGGCCGGCGAGAUAGCUCAGCGGUCUAAAGUGCCUGUGUAGGCAAGCUUACACAGGCGCAGGGACUAUGGUUUGA